UGUCCCGCAUUAUAAAAACAGGUUAUGGUUUUAAUGGUUACUCCACACCGCUAGAUGGCGAUAGCAUGUAUCUCGAGCAACUUACUUCAGAUUCACCGUUAAGCCAUGUUCACAGUCCUUUUCGGACCUUCUGGCGAGAACCGAGACGUGUCGACCGUAACAGCUUCUCUGGGUGUAUUUUAUUUGUUUGUGAGUAAAACAAACCCAAAAACAUGUCUUCAGUCUUUUCUUUCCAGGCACAGCUCGUCUCCAUCAUGGACGCGUUAUCUAAAACAGCUAUAGUAGAAAUAAGCAAACUGGUUGAAAUUGAGUCGAAGAUGCUGAAAAUCGAGAUAACCCGGGGUCGGAAUGAAAUCGCCUCGCUCACAGAGAAACUGCAGCUGAUGGAGAAGUUACUUUACAUGGCUCAGGGGCGCAAUCAGGAUGUUGCAGCAGCAGCUUCCUCGGUAGUGAGAGAAUCUCAGGAAAACAAAGAGUUUUUGGUGCCUGAGAUCACGAAACUCGUCAUUAAGAGUGCACUGCAUCCUAGCGAAGCACUGUGGGAAAGCACAACUUCCUGUUCUGAGAGGAGCAGUUUGCAUCAAAGUGAAGAGCACGCUGCAGCUGAAGAGCAACCUGAGCUGGUCGUGGUUAAAGCAGAGCCACCAGAGUUGGACAGUGGAAACACUGAACAAGACAUAACUAGUGAAUAUAGAAAGGAAGCUGUCACAGACACACAGAAGAGUCCAGAUGUGAUGCAGCACUCCAAACCCAUCACAGACAACCAGCAGCCUUUAUUCACCAAUAGAGUCGCCGCUCUGAGCCCUCAGCAGUCUCUUGGUGAACCAGAGAGAGGAGAAAUGAACUGGAAUCCACAAUUAAUUCUUGCACACACGACCCUGCAGGUCGGCAAGUGCAUGGCUCAAAAUGUAGCCUCCCAAAGUGGUAAUGUGCUCAGGAAAAUGAAGCCUCACAAUUUUAGGAACUCGGCUGCAAAGAGGGUUGGCUGUUUGCAGUGUGGCAAGAGUUUCAGGUGCUUUAGUCAGCUUGAAAUUCACCAGAGAAGUCACACGGGUGAAAAGCCGUUCAGAUGCAUGCUGUGUGGAAAACGAUACGCCCAAAAGGGGCACCUGUACACACACCAAAGGACGCACACUGGAGAGAAGCCAUAUCGAUGUCCUAUUUGUGGAAAAGGAUUCAUUCAGAAAUGUACCCUUGAUAUGCAUCAGCGCACGCACACUGGAGAAAAACCCUUUGUUUGUGUUAACUGUGGCAAAGGUUUCACAAAGAAAUGUAACCUGAAGAAACACCUUGCUGUACAUGUAGAUUCUAAUGUGAGCCGUGAGUCUGCUGCGCCAUCAUUUGGUGGAAUGUUCACAAAUGAAACCACAUAAGACACCAACCGCUUUUUCAUAUCAUUUGUAAAAAAAAAACCCAAUAAACUCAUCUUUGAUCAGUG